AGAGCCGGGCCGGAGCCGGACCGACCCCAGCUCGUUCUGCCGGAGCAGGACCGGGUCUCUGCAGACCUCCAGUCGUCUCGUGAGGAAGAAGCUCCCUCCGAGAUCCAGGCUCACGAUGCAGUUCUGUCCGGUUCAGCAUCUGGUCCAGUGUCCGGUCCGGUGUCUGAUUCAGUUCCUGGUCCAGUGUCCGGUUCAGAGUCCGGUCCGGUGUCGAUCGUGUCAGAAACAGCACCGGACACAGUGUCGCCUGAUCCAGAAGUCCAGCUGCCUCAAGGAUCCGUCGUGUCUUUGUUUGAAGUGGGACAUCUGAUCGCAUCAGGGAGCUUCAGCAAGGUCUAUGAGGGAACACACAUAUUCAGCGACAAAGUGAAGGUUGCUCUGAAGUGUGUCCCCAAGCGCAGAGCGGACCGCUAUCUUGACAUUCCUGGUCACUCCAAACCUGUGCUUGCUGAAGCGGCUCUGAUGCUGCGGCUGGGAGAAGCGCCCUCGUGCCCCAACAUCAUGGAGCUACACCAGUGGCUGGAGGACGAGAGCAGCUUCACUCUCAUUAUGGAGUACCCUGAACCCUGCAGGACCUUGGAGGAUUACAUCUUGUUCUCCGGCCCCGUCAGUGAAGCACAAGCACGCUUGUUCAUGCUUCAGGUGCUUCAAGCGGUCAAACACUGCCAUGAGCGUGGAGUUUAUCACGGUGAUAUCCGCUCGAGGAACAUCCUGGUGACUCUCCACAGUCUGGAGCUCAAGCUCAUCGACUUCCGCUGCGCUCGUCUGAUCAGCAGCGAGGGCUUUAACAGCAGCCAAUACCAAGGAUCAGACGCAUACACCCGCCUGAGGUCCUCGGCCAGUCCAUAUUCCACGCCGCAGCAGCAGACGUCUGGGCGCUGGCGGUUCUGCUCUUUGAGAUCAUUCACAGAUAUCUGCCCUUCGAAAGCUUUGAUGCCAUUCAGCACGGCUACCUCAGGAUGGGUCCCACCUUAUCCACAGCGUGCCAUGACCUGAUUUUCCACUGCUUGAGCCGUAAUCCAGUUCACCGGCUGACGCUCCAGCAGCUGGAGGAGCACCGCUGGAUGAAAGCCUAGACUGCAAGAAGGCCGGGAUCUCGAUGUGCAUCAGACAGAGCAGAGCGGAGGAGUUUAAUGAGUGACCGGCGGCGUCUCGAGGAGUCUCAGGAGAUGCGGCGAGACUCUGGAGCUGCAGGUAAAUUAACGACGGUGUUCACAUGCACAUCAGAGCAUCAGCAGACGGCAAAGCAGCGUUUGUGUUCACAUGCUCGUAUUCUGAACCCACGAACACCUGCAGCUCCGUCAGUGAUCGACCGCUCGAAACACAAAGAACCACGAGAAAUACUUCACAACGCUGCUGUCUGUAGAAAUUAGAAAGAUCAUAAGAAAUUCUAAAAUUAGACAUUCAGAAGUGCAUGUAAACAUAGUCACAUAAUUAGUGCGUCACAAAUUAUUAAUGUAAGAAACGUAAAAAAAAAAUGCUGUUUUUUAAAUAAUAUUUCAGAAAGUAAAUGUAGUCAAACACUUAGUGCUUUAUUAGUAAUAUUGAAGUAAAAAAUUUAAAUGGAAAAAAGUCCACCACGUUAUAAAAUUUCAGAAAGUAAAACUAAUUGGUGGCUUAUAGUGACAUUAACGUAAGAAAUCUAAAAAAAAAAGUAGGAAAAAAAAACGAUUUUCUAAUAUUUCAAAAAGUAAAUGCUAUUUUUUUAAUAAUAUUUCAGAAAGUAAAUGCUAUUUCUUUUAAAUAAUAUUUCAGAAAGGAAAUGUAGUCACUAAUUGGUGGUUUAUUAGUGACAUUAAUGUAAGAAAUGUAAAAAAAAAAAAAGAAGCUAUUUUUGUAUAAUAUUUCUGAACUUUGCUAAUAACUAAUAA